CCUGUCGGAGUCGGAGAGGGUGGAGGCGCUGAUCAAGCGCGCGUCCAUCAGCCUCGACGCAUUCAAGACCAAGCGAGGGGUGAAGGCCGCCAUUGCCGAUCUGGAAGAAUGCCUCGCGCUCGAUUCCUCCCCACAAUCGGCCGCUGCGGACGCUGCCCGCCAGAUGCUUGCGAGCUGCUACCAGAGAAUGGGAGGAGGAGCUUCACGAGUCCACGAAUAGAGUUUUGUGAGGGGAGUAGAAUAUUCCAGAGCCCUAGGCUAGCAGUGGCUUGGCAUCCUUUUGUAGAUGAGGCGGCGAGAGGAAUGGGGCCAAGAUUUGUGCAAGCUCUCCGAAGACUAGCUGCAUUCAAUCUCCCUCGUCGCCAUCCUUGUCCCGCUCUUUCUCCUCCUCCUCCUCCUCCUCAUGGAUCUCUGUGGUGCCAGGGAAAUCUUAGAUUGGUGCAGCUCUACACCACCGCUACCACUUCAUCGCCAUCGCCAUCGCCAGCGCCAGCGCCAGUAUGGGCGGAUUCAUCCACCAAUUCACACAAUGCACAUCAUCGCGAGGCUGUGCCGCCACCAUCGCGUGCGGCUACUGGCCUUGAUCACAGGACCAUGAUCUAUUGCAACCGGGCACUCAACAUGAGGAGCAUCUCGGCGGUGGGAUUUGAUCUCGACUACACGCUUGCGCAGUACAGGCCAGAGACUUUUGAGCUGCUCGCCUACCAAGCCACUGCCAAGAAGCUCGUCUACAAUCUCGGCUACCCCCGCCAGAUAUUGGACUGGAUGUUCGAUUGGAAGUACAUGGUGAGAGGCUUGGUGCUUGACAAACGUCGUGGAAACAUUCUCAAGAUGGAUCGCCACAAGUAUGUCAAGGUUGCUUAUCAUGGAUUCCAGGAGCUGUCCAGAGAAGAGAGGACGGCAACUUACGGGAAUACGCUCUCCCGUGACUCUUAUGAUGAGCCUGAUUAUGCGCUUAUCGACACCUUGUUCUCCUUGGCAGAGGCGUAUCUCUUUGCUCAGCUUGUUGAGCUCAAAGACACUGAUCCAGAACUUUUUCCGUCCCAGCCAGAGGUCUAUUGUGAGAACGAUGUUCCUGUAGUUCCCACAUAUGCUGAAAUCUACAAAGAUGUUCGUGCCGCGGUCGACUUGUGCCACAGGGAUGGUACGUUGAAGCAAGCGGUCGCUGAUGAUCCUUCCAAGUACAUAUAUGCUGAUGAGCAGCUAAUCUCAAUGCUUAAAAUGCUGCGCGAGUCUGGCCGCUUGACAUUCUUGGUCACCAACAGUUUGUGGGAUUAUACGCAUGUUGUGAUGAACUUCCUCUUCUCCGCCGACAAGAACUGGCUCGAUUACUUCGACCUCGUCAUUACGGCCAGUGCCAAGCCGUCCUUUUUCAUGGAUGGCAAUCAGGCGCCUCUGUUUGCUGUAGAUGUUAAGACAGGUAUGCUUCACAACACGGACAAUGGCACACCAGUUCCUCAGAUUGGGCUGAUCCCGCUCUCUACAACAAGACAAGCCUCGAAAGUAUACCAGGGAGGAACAGUGUCACACCUACACAAGCUGCUUGCGAUUGAUGCCGGCGCUCAGGUGUUGUAUUGUGGAGAUCAUAUAUAUGGCGACAUCCUCCGCAGCAAAAAGCAACUUGGUUGGCGUACAAUGCUCGUCGUACCCGAGCUUGACCGGGAAGUUGAGCUCUUACAGUCGUCCAGAGCGGUUCAAAAGGAAAUUCAAAGACUUCGCCAUAGCCGUGAGGAGAUCGAAGAUGAGUUACAGAAGUUGGAGUGGACCUUGAAGUAUUUUAAAGGAACCAAGGAGGAGGAGAGCCCUUUGCAAGAAAAGCGAGAAGCAUUGCAGAGGGAAAGAGAUGAAGUCCAAAAGAGCCAUCGGACCAUGCAACGCAAAUUUCAUGAGCAGUUUCAUAAAACAUGGGGACAGCUUAUGAAAGCUGGGCAUCAAACCUCUCGAUUUGCCCAUCAGGUCGAAAGAUUUGCUUGUCUCUACACAAGCCAGGUGACGAACUUGAGCUGCUACUCUCCAGAAAAAUGCUUCAGGACAGCAGAAGAUUUCAUGCCACACGAGCUGCGAGAUGAAUUCACUGGCCAGCUUGUUAACCUUGAAUGUACAAGAUGAAAACUCUACAAAAUUGGUAGUCUCACCUUGUCAAAGAGAAGCACGAAUCUCAUGGAGAGAGUCUCCUCGAGAGAUGCGCGCUGGUUUUCGAUGCCCGGAGCCAUAAACAUGUCGUUUACUGCAAAAACCUCCAGUAGUGCCAGUGCAAGUCACUCCUGGCUGCACGCAUCCACAACAACACUGAUGAAUUCAAUAAAAGGAAAUGAUCAAUUGCAAUGUUAGGGA